UCCAUCAUUCUCUGUUAGUUCCUGUGACGAGCUUAAACGUUCUAGGCAUUUACAGAAUUGAAACGAUUAAAUAGGAAAAGCCAACACAUUUUAUAAAAAUGAUUUGGUUUGAAGGCUCUAUUCCAGCAGCCAUCAUCUCCGCAAAACAACAGAGCUCCAUCUUCGUCGUCGUAAUAACAGGCGACGAUGAGGUGUCAGGACAAAUGAUGUCCAGUUGGGAGGACGACAGAGUGGCUGAGGCCUCCUAUAACUGCUGUGUUGCAAUCAAGGUUGAUUCCAAGAGUGAGACAUGCACACAGUUCUCCCAAAUCUACCCAGUGGUGUGCAUCCCGUCCAGUUUCUUUAUCGGGGAGAAUGGAAUCCCCCUCGAAGUUGUUGCCGGGAGUGUCUCUGCAGAGGAACUCAUGAAAAGAAUCAACAAAGUCAAACAGAUGCACGCUCAGCAGAUGGCAGGUGAGGGAGCGGAUGCAGGGGCUCCCAUGGAGGGGCUCCCACGAGCCACGGUAGCCUCAGAGCCAGCCCCAGCACAGGCCCCCUCAACCUCACAGGAGCUCCAACCCAGCCACACACCACCAGCAGACACAGACAGUGCAGCAGCACCAGCGAUGUCUAAAGAAUCCCUGUCCAGGCCAGCAGAAGAAGGCGGCCCCUCGGCCUCAGAGGUUGUGACCCUUGGGGAUGACAGGAGCGCAUCAUCAGAGGACGUGUCAACCAGCUCUCAGCCUGACGAAGGCCUCGAUGCCAAGGUGGAGAGGUUAACAAAGAAACUGGAGGAAAGACGGGAGCAGAAAAAGAAAGGAGAGGAGGAGGGUGAAAUAAAGAAGGAGAUGGAGAGAAGGAAGAUGGGGAAGGAGAUGCUUGACUUCAAGAGGAAGAAUGAGGAUGAGAAGACCAAACGCAUUAUGGAUGAGCGAAACAGGGAUAAGGCAGAGGAGAAGGCUGCCAGGGAGCGUGUCAAAGCACAGAUCGCCCUGGACCGUGCUGACAGAGCUGCCCGCUAUGCCAACAACAAGGAUGAGGUGGAGGCAGCCCGGCUGGCAGCACUGCAGGCCAGACAGGCAGAGACAGAGGCCAAGAAGGAGAAUGCACAAAGGGAGAGGAGCGCCAUAGCCAGAAUACAGUUCCGUCUACCAGAUGGGUCAUUCUUCACCAACCAGUUCCCCUCAGAGGCCAGACUGCAGGAAGCUCGGCAGUUCGCUGUCAAUGAAGUGGGAAAUAGGUAUGGCAACUUCUCCCUGGCAACCGUGUUCCCUCGCAGAGAGUUUACCGCUGACGACCUAGACAAGACUCUUCUGGCACUUGAGCUGGCCCCCAGUGCCUCAAUAGUGCUGCUGCCUCAAACGGGACGGCCAAGCAACAUGGUAGUCCAGUCGACCUCUGGAGGGGGUAUCUGGGCUGUACUGGGUACCAUCCUCUACCCUCUGCUGGCUGUGUGGAGGUUCCUGAGUGGCUUCCUCUUCACCAGCCCCCCUAUCCCUGGAGCAGCAGGCCCCAGAGGCCCAGCCCAGCGGCCCAACACUGCCUCUGGCUCCUCAUCCUCAUCUGGUGAACCAAAGAGAGAAACCCUUCGCAAACGCACACUGGAGAAGCAACCAGCAGACUUCAAACAAGACGGAAAAAUCCACAGGCUACGGAAUCACGAGGACAGUGAGGAUGAGAAUAACACUUGGAACGGCAACUCUACCCAGCAGAUGUAGUGCAAUAACACUGUCUCACUCUGUCCUCCCUAUCUGACCUGGUGAGUUUCCUGAGUGCGUGUCAGUCGGUCUAACGGAGGAUAAUGCUGAUAUUAGGGCUAUGAUGUUUGUUUCUCCUGUCCAAGCCUGUACUCUGCUCCUCCCUUGCAUGGGUAGAUGUAAUCAAGUUAACCUCCUGACCGUUGGGCUUGGAACAGACAUGAUUUGUGUUGAAACUGUUAUUUGAUUAAUUCAGCCUCUUAGAAUACGACUGGCCAGGGGUUCCUUCAGUAUUCUAAACAUGUCUACUGUGUUGAAGGGUUGAGACUGAGGUGUUGAUUGAAGUCCUUGUCUUAAGGAUAUGUUGACAGCUGCAUUAUUAACAACCUUUUUGUGUUUUCUUUAACAGUCAGUAACCCAGAUGACAAAACUCUACUUAAUGAAAAUGUAUGAGGGCUCUCUCUGGUCUGGUAGAAGGGACUGUGUGUAGCUGUGUGUUUUUAUACCAAGGCUGUGGCCCCCUUGGCAUAAACUGCCUCCUUCGGCAGUAGAAUGAGUUGUUUCUACUACUAGUUGAACAUGGGAAACCACUGUACCGCUCUCAUUUAACUAUGGGAAUAAAAAUACAUGUUUUUCAAUAAACAAGCAUUUGGCUGGCUCUA